UUUUUCCUUCAUUUCCCACCAAAUUUGGCUUCUUCAACGCUCCAAAAUCCCAUAAACCAAACACACAAAAGAGGAGGGAAGAAAACUUCUAAUACUAUAAUAUUUUAUUCGUGAAUUUCAGUUAAUGAUUCUCACGUUUGAAACCACCCUUUUACUUCAAUCCAACUCCACCUUCUCUCCCUUCGCAAUCUGAUUCUAAAAAAAAAAAAACAAAAUCAUUUUUCAUUUUCUCUAUUUUUUUUUUAAUAUUCCAAAUAAGCAUAACUGUCAUUGCCAACCAUGACCGAUGUCCUUCAUUUCCCUUCACCUCAAAGCACUAACACUUCCUCUUCUAAACCUGUUUUAUCCUAUGCACCGCAGACAUCCUUAACCUGCGCUCAUGGGGAAAGAAAUGACUUUGUCAAUGCUAUAACAAGCGGUGACCCAGAAGGAGAAGGAGAGGAAGAGGAAGAAGAGUUGUCUUUGUUGGCUUUGGUUGUGACCCUUUUCAGGAAAUCAUUGGCUGCUUGUAAGAGUAUGGAAAGAAGAGAGCUUUGUGCUAUGGAGAUCGGCUGGCCAACCAAUGUCAGACAUGUAGCACAUGUUACUUUUGAUAGGUUCAAUGGCUUCUUGGGUUUGCCUGUUGAGUUUGAGCCUGAAGUCCCCAGAAGAGCUCCUAGUGCAAGUACAACUGUUUUUGGAGUUUCCACAGAAUCCAUGCAGUUGUCGUAUGACUCCAGAGGGAACAUCGUUCCAACAAUACUUUUGCUAAUGCAAAGACGUCUGUAUGCUCAAGGAGGCUUGCAGGCAGAAGGGAUUUUUCGAAUUAAUGCCGAAAACAGUCAGGAGGAAUAUGUUAGAGAGCAACUGAAUGGCGGAGUGGUUCCAGAAGGUAUUGACGUACAUUGUUUGGCAGGAUUAAUCAAGGCUUGGUUCAGAGAACUUCCAAGAGGAGUUUUGGAUUCUUUAUCUCCUGAGCAAGUAAUGGAAUGCCAGACUGAAGAGCAGUGUGCUGAGCUUGCAAGAUUUAUACCCCCAACAGAAUUUGCUCUACUCGAUUGGGCCAUCAAUCUCAUGGCUGAUGUCGUUCAACAACAACAUCUAAACAAGAUGAACGCACGCAAUAUUGCUAUGGUUUUUGCACCAAACAUGACUCAGAUGGCAGAUCCCUUGAAUGCACUGAUGUAUGCGGUCCAAGUGAUGAACUUCCUCAAGACACUUAUCGUAAGGACCCUGCGAGAAAGAGAGGAUUCAGUGGUCGAGCCAGCUGCGGCCGUCCAUUUGGAGCCUUUUGAUGAUAAUGGAGAUCAGAGCCCUUCAAUCUCCUGCAUUCAAGAUACUGGAAAGGAUAAUGAAGAGAAAGAGCUGUCCUUCAUAGCUGAAGAACCUUUAAGUGAAAGUUUCAGGAAAUAUAGUCUGAACAAUGAGAUGAAAAAUGAAGAUCACAGUUCAACACCGACUGUCAAAGGUCUAGUCCCUGACGCAGAUCAUUCAGAUGAGACUGCAGCCGCGGUUGAAACCUUCAUGAGCGAAACAGAUGCCAUCGUAGCCAACUGCCAGAGGCCUGGUACCGUGGCUAACACUGGAGAGAACAAUAUUGGUCAAUCAAGUAAUUCAAGUCUCAAGAAGGAAACUGACAAAAUCAGCGGGCAGCAAUCUGUACCUCAGAUAACCAAACUUGAUGAGAAGACCAAAGGAAUAAGCAAUUUAAGCUGCAUAGAUUCAAAGAUAGAACGUGUUGAAGCAUGGCGUUGAAUGAUACUCUAACAUCAUUUGGGGCCUAAGAUACUUUGAAUAAUUACUGUGCAUCUGUUCAGUUUGGAACUUGUGAAUCGUUUAAUGUAUCUUUUCGGUGUGAUGAGUGGUUUGGUUAACCUUCUGUACAAUCAUGGAUCGCAGUUCUUUACAUUUACGCUUUCAUAUGAACAAAUUAUAUCAUAUUGAAUUGAUGAAGCAUUCACUUUUCCACAAA